GGCCCGAAUAGUACGGAGCUCUGCCUAGGCAUUGCUAUUCUCCUUACCGCAAGAUAAAACUUAAACCCUUUUUCUCUGUAUACCCCGUUCUAUUUCCAAUUUUAUUUAAAUUAAGAUGGCUUCAUUUUUCAUUUGAAAUGCAUCAAUUUGUGAGAAUUUUCAUCUGGGUAUGGCAUCUCACAGCUUUUUAUGGAGCUUUGGUAAGAAGGUCUUCACAUUCGGACUCAUAGGCCUUACUGUUUCAGAUCGUUAUGCUAGCAUUCUUCCGGUACGCGGCGCAUCUAUGGCACCAACCUUUAAUCCUAGAGCUGAUUCUUUUGUGGGAUCAUUAUCUGAUGACUAUGUUCUAGUUGAGAAAUUUUGUCUGGGAAAUUACAAGUUUUCACAUGGAGAUGUGAUUGUUUUUCGAUCACCUCACAAUCACAAAGAGAAACAUGUGAAGAGAAUUAUUGGUUCGCCAGGUGACUGGAUUGGAACUCACAGUUCUUAUGAUGUUGUGAAGGUUCUGGAUGGACAUUGUCGGGUCGAGGGAGACAAUCCUUCUUCUAGCAUGGAGUCAAGAACUUAUGGCCCAAUUCCUUUGGGCCUAGUUCAAGGAAGGAUCACCCAUAUUGUAUGGCCUCCUCAAAGACUAGGAGCAGUCAAGAGAAAUAUUUAUGCAGACAGACUUUCUUCUUCCUAAUCAGGUUAUGGUAGAUGAUACUUUUAGUAGUGAGAAUACAUAUUUUCCUUCAUAAUGCUUUACCAUUUGAUCAAGGCAACAAUUUUUUGGAGAUCCCUUGCUUAAGAACAUAGAGUUUUAGAAAGUUUUAGACUGUUCUUUGAUUUUGUUUAUUAAGCAAGAAUAAGAAAGAAGUAAACUUUUGGGGACAGUAUUUGUACAUUAUUUAUAUUGUUAAUGGUCAAGUUAAUCAACUCAAUAAUGGAUUUUGAGUUCAAUAUAAUUGAUUUUAAUUCCUGGGUGAAA